CUGAUUGGCUGCGCGGCAUCGGGCCACCGGCAGGCGGUCAGCCGAGGCGCGCGUCUGCGCGGUGCGGGGUGCUGGGUGUGCCGGCGGGUCUAGGCGGCGGGUCGCGGUGCUGCGGCCGAGCGCGGAGCUGUCAUGAUGGAGGGCACGUGUCUGCGGCGCCGAGGCGGACCCCGCAAAACCGAGCCGGCCUCCGACCUCAGCCGCUGGCGGCUCCGCAACGAGCUGGGGCGGCAGACGUGGACGUACUGCGGCGGGGACGACGACGCUGGCCGCCCGCAGACUGGUCUGGAGGCGCACUCGGUGGGGCUGGACACCAGCAGUUACUUUAAGGACUUGCCCAAAGCUCACACGGCUCGUGAAGGAGCUCUGAACGGAGUAACAUUUUAUGUAGGACUGCAGGCUGAGGAUGGGCACUGGGCAGGUGAUUACGGUGGCCCUCUCUUCCUCUUGCCAGGACUCCUGAUCACGUGCCACACAGCUCACAUCCCUCUGCCGGCUGGGUACAGAGAGGAGAUGGUACGGUACCUGAGAUCAGUACAGCUCCCUGAUGGUGGCUGGGGCCUGCACAUUGAGGACAAGUCCACAGUGUUUGGGACUGCACUCAACUAUGUGGCUCUCAGAAUCCUAGGUGUUGACCCUGAUGAUCCUGACCUGGUACGAGCCCGGAACAUUCUUCACCAGAAAGGUGGUGCUGUGGCUAUCCCCUCCUGGGGCAAGUUCUGGCUGGCGGUCCUGAACGUCUACAGCUGGGAAGGCCUGAACACCCUGUUCCCUGAGAUGUGGCUGUUUCCUGACUGGAUGCCCGCGCACCCCUCCACACUCUGGUGCCACUGUCGGCAGGUCUACCUCCCCAUGAGCUACUGCUAUGCCACCCGGCUGAGCGCCUCAGAGGACCCACUGGUCCAGAGCCUCCGCCAGGAGCUCUAUGUGGAGGACUAUGCCAGUAUCGACUGGCCAGCACAGAGGAACAAUGUGGCCCAAGAAGAGCAGUACACACCACACAGUUGGCUCCUGCGCGUCACGUACGCUGUCCUCAACCUGUAUGAGCGCUACCAUAGCUCCAGCCUGCGGCGGCGGGCUGUCCAGCUGCUGUACGAGCACAUCGCUGCAGAUGAUCGCUUCACCAAGUGCCUCAGCAUUGGCCCGAUCUCAAAGAACAUCAACAUGCUUGUGCGCUGGUCUGUGGACGGGCCGGCCUCCUCUGCUUUCCAGGAACACAUCUCCAGGAUCCCAGAUUUCCUCUGGAUGGGCCUGGACGGCUUGAAAAUGCAGGGCACCAAUGGCUCACAGAUCUGGGACACCGCAUUUGCCAUACAAGCUCUGCUUGAGGCAGGCGCUCACCACAGGCCAGAGUUCUUGUCCUGCCUGCAGAAGGCACAUGAGUUCCUGCGACUGUCACAGGUCCCUGACAACCCUCCUGACUACGAGAAGUACUACCGCCAGAUGAACAAGGGUGGCUUCUGCUUCAGCACUCUGGACUGCAACUGGAUCGUUGCUGACUGCACGGCUGAGGCCCUGAAGUCUGUGAUGCUCCUGCAGGAGAAGUGUCCCUCCAUCACCCAGCACAUCCCCCGAGAGCGGCUCUUUGAUGCUGUGGCUGUGCUGCUGAGCAUGAGGAAUCCUGAUGGAGGGUUCGCCACCUAUGAGACCAAGCGUGGGGGACACUUGCUGGAGCUGCUGAACCCUUCUGAGAUCUUUGGGGACAUCAUGAUCGACUACACGUACGUGGAGUGCACCUCGGCAGUGAUGCAGGCACUGAGGCUGUUCCACAAGCACUGCCCGGGCCACAGAGCAGUGGAGAUCAGGGAAACACUGGAGCGGGGCCUGGCGUUCUGCCGGCAGAAGCAGAGGGCGGAUGGCUCCUGGGAGGGCUCCUGGGGGGUUUGCUUCACCUACGGCACCUGGUUUGGCCUGGAAGCUUUCGCCUGCAUGGGGCACACCUACCAAGACGGGGUUGCCUGUGAGGAGGUGUCCCGGGCCUGCAGCUUCCUGCUGUCCCUGCAGAUGGUGGAUGGAGGCUGGGGGGAGGACUUUGAGUCCUGUGAGCAGCGGUGCUAUGUGCAGAGUGCCGAGUCCCAGAUCCACAACACGUGCUGGGCCCUGAUGGGACUGAUGGCUGUCAGGCAUCCUGAUGUUGCAGCCCAGGAGAGAGGGGUCCAGUGUCUGCUGGAGAAGCAACUUCCCAAUGGUGAUUGGCCCCAGGAGAACAUCUCCGGGGUCUUCAACAAGUCCUGUGCCAUCAGCUACACGAACUACAAGAACAUCUUCCCCAUCUGGGUCCUGGGCCGCUUCGCCAACCUGUACCCCGAGAGAGCCCUCGCUGGCCGCCCUUGAGAGUGUGCCCACCGUCCUGGCCGCUGCGGGUGGCGAGUGUCUUCACCCCAGUUCCUGCGAGAUGAGCUGUCUCGCCAGGGAUCAGCUGGUGGGAGCCAGUCCCCUGCCUUGGGCUGCAGCCCCCUGCUCCACCUCGGCUUGUGUGUCGGGAUCAGGCCUGAGGCAGGACAGGGACUGGUCGGUGGCUUCAGACCCUGUCAGUGCAGGUGAGGUUCUGAGAGUGGCUCAGGGAGGAAGGGAGCAAGCCUGACUGCCACCUGAGGAGCUGCAGCAUCUCACACCGCACACCCCGGCGCGGCCUUGCCUGAGGGAGGCAGGCUGGAGAGACUGUCCUCAGGAAGGGAGCCGCUGGGCCUGGGCACCCUGCCUGGUGCUGAUGGUCUGUGGCCCUGGGCUGAGCUCCUCCCAUCUCCUGUGUGCUGGCAAGGGAGGGACACUGCCCCACAACAGUGGUGUAAGAGAGACUGGUCAGUGGGAAGUGGGCUGGCUCUUGUUCACCGUGAUGCCCUGGGACUCAGUGCACAUCUGAGGCUGUGGUGGGAGCCCAGCGUGGCACCUGGCCUGCCCCUGGCUUGUGAGCUCACCUGUCUGCCCUACAUUCUUCUGAGGGUGCUAGCGUCCUGACCUCCAGACUUUGCAGGCCAGGGAGGACGGGUGUAGUCAUGGUGGUUCUACUGUGGGGCACUGCUGUGUGCCACAGGCAGCUGAGCACCCCCAGCCGCCACCCACCCGGGGCCCAGGACAAUGCUCACAGUGCCCCCAGGCCACUGCCAACCUUCCAUGCCAAGUGUGUGCUGUGAGUGGAGGUGAGGGCUGUGUUGCCAGAGCAGUACCUGACUGAGCUCUGAAUUCCUGCAACCCCAGCCCUGUCGGGCCUGGCCUGCAUAGCCAGGGCUCAGGGAAGGACAGCGGGCCCUGGCUUUACCUUGCGCACAUGGAGGAGCACGCAGGCACUCAGGGCCCCUGGUGGCAGCUGUCCUUCCCAGCCAUGGCGAGUGGGCCCCGCAGUGCCUCCCCAGGCCUCUGCUCUUACCUCUGCCCCUCCUGUUCUCCCUUGGAAGCUUGCCCCUCUGAUCCCCUACUCCUGCCCAGGACCCUCCAGGGCUGCCCCCUCUCAAGCACAGGUCUACAGCUCUGCCUCCUGCCCAGCCCUGUUGUUCCCUGUGCAGCGUGAUUCCCCAGCUCUCCUGCCUCAGGUCCCAGCCUGCACUGCUGCCUGUGCUGACCAGUCCCCCUCUGCCUGACCUGCCCUAGCAGCAGCUGGUUUGCUCAGGAAUCCAGCUAUGACCAGAUCACUGUAGAAGACAUGGGUUUUCCAGAAGGCAGCUGCAAACUCACUUAUACACUGAAUAUGUCACUGAAAGUCACCUACAUGACCAGCUCCCUUAAUAAAGUGAUGCUUAAACCCUUAGGGAGAAGCGAUCGUCUGGUUUU